GAAGCUCAGAGAAAUAACUUUGUCAGGGUCAUGCGGCUGGUGAGGGAUGGAGCUUAAAUUACAAAGCCUUAACUUUUAACCAUUACUCUGUGCCUUCCCUCAGCAAACAGUUGCCAUUUCAGUAGCCGUUGUCUAGUUACAAAGUGUUUCUGCAGCCCUUACCUCAUUCGAUCGUCCUGGUAACCUUGACAAAUAGUACUGUCAUCUACAUUUUACCUAGGAGAUUGAGGUCCAGGGAGUGUGAUCUAUCUGAGGUCACAUAUCUAGGAAGUGCUAGAACCAGGACUCUUUCCCAGGUCUUCUCUAAGUUUGGUGCCUUUUUUCCUUUCACCGCACUCUACUGCAUUUUCCAGAAUCUUGGAGAGCUUUAUAGUUCGAAAGAAUGAAAACCUGAACUGACCCUUCAUUUUGCAGCUGGCGAAACACAAUCUAGAUGAAGAAAGUGAUGCCCAGAUAGGUGCAGUGAAUUGCCCAAAGUUGGAAUUUACAUCCAGAUCUGACUGACUAGACUAUCUUAUACAUUGUCUUUAUAGUGAAUGUUCACAAGGAUUGUCUUCCGUCAUGGCCUUGGGAUUAAGAUGCUUCCGCUUGGUCCCCCCUGUCUUUUGUAACUCCUUUGCAGCCUUGACCAGACCUGUUUCAGAAGUGACGCUGAAGACAGUGAGUGGCAGACAAAGUGACCAUGGACAAUACAUGGCCUCACCAGCUGUACCAAUCCGUUAUUUCGCUACCAAGAAAGCCAAAGCCAAAGGGAAAGGACAGUUCCAAACCAGAGUGAAUCUUAAUGCUGCCUUGGUUGAGGAUAUAAUCAGCUUGGAAGAGGUGGAUGAAGAAAUGAAGUCUGUGACAGAAGCGCUCAAAGAUAAUUUCAAUAAGACUGUCAAUAUAAGGACCUCACCAGGAUCCCUUGAUCAUAUCACUGUGGUAACUGCUGAUGGGAAGCUUGCUUUAAACCAGAUUGGCCAGAUCUCCAUGAAGUCUCCACAGCUGAUUUUGGUGAAUAUGGCCAGCUUCCCAGAGUGUACAGCUGCAGCUAUCAAGGCUAUAAGAGAAAGUGGAAUGAAUCUGAACCCAGAAGUGGAAGGGACGCUAAUUCGGGUGCCCAUUCCCAAAGUGACCAGGGAGCACAGGGAAAUGCUGGUGAAACUGGCGAAACAGAACACCAACAAGGCCAAGGAUUCUUUACGGAAAGUUCGUACCAACGCAAUGAAUAAGCUAAAGAAAUCAAAAGACAAGGUCUCCGAGGACACCAUUAGGCUCAUAGAGAAACAGAUCAGCCAAAUGGCCGAUGAUACGGCAGCAGAGCUGGACAGGCAUCUGGCAGCGAAGACCAAAGAACUCCUCGGAUGAAAGCCCACCAGGGGCAGCAGUACUCCAGAGCCUGGUUUCUGGUGGAGCCCGUGGGUGGCACAUUGGCACCCCUCUUCCCCGUCUACACCGAAGGCUGCCGUCUUGCAGUUGUCAGUGUUUGUGAGGCUCAGCCUUCCAGGCCUUCUGGUGGGGCACCCAGACUUGUUCCUUCUCUUCUUCCUGCUCCCUGUCCACCCCAUUCUGCCCUGGCCCUCUGCCAUGGGUGGCCCUCAGAGAGUAUCUGUUGCUGACAGAUGGCCUCUACUUCAGCCAUUUGCCCUGAUCGUGACAUUGCCAAGCAACUAGGACUAUUGACAGGCUUAGCCCGUCUGUUUCUCAUCUUGGGAGCCUCCUUUUCAAUUAGUCAGGCCCUGUCCCCAACUUUGAACUCUGGGCUGGUGUGGGUCUUCACCUGUGACUGGAUCCCUUCGCCAGAGGCCCGUUCUUACGUAACAAUAAAAUCAAAAUAAAUUGUAAAGAAUAACAACCACAAAGGAACGGGUAGAGUCAAUCCGGAUUAAUGUUCCCUAAGGACCUUUACGGAAAGCCACCAGAACAAUACUUUUGCCUCUGAGUCAUCUUCACACAUGAUUUUUUCUCUGCCUCGACCGUUCCUCCGCUGCUGACCUACUUGGCCAGUCCUGUUCAUCCUUCACGUCCCUGCUUGGGUACCACUUGCUCCGGGAAGUCCUCCUCAUUCCCCCAACCUAGGGCUCCUAUUAUUGGCUCUCAGGACUGUCUACUGCUUUGAAUUAAACCUUUUUGAUACUUA